AUGAAGGAUAUCUUUGAAUUUAAUCACAUAGACAGGACUCUGUCAGAAACAGAUAUUAAGACUCUAAAAGACUUUUACAGCCAUUAUCACAAGAAAUACUGGUGUUUUAAGCGGUCGUACAAGAGAUAUAAACUGCUUGAUGAAACACUUACACUUUCUGGAGGAGGAUUAGUGGUGAUAGGAACUAUCACUGGUGGAAUAACACUAAACCCAAUAAUACUCGGUGUGAUAAAUGGCGCUGGGGUGCUCGUUGCAAGUAUUUCAAAAAUGAGAAAUUACAAGAAGAAAAUAGAAAUGGCGCAAAUUGCAUUUACGACAUAUGAAAAAGUUCUCGUAGAAUUGAGAUCAGCUCUGAGAGGAUAUGAGUUUAAAAAGCAAGAUUUUAUCGAUCGAAUGAAGUUGAUAGAUGAAAUGAUAAUUGAUCAGACUCCUCUGGCAGAUAGAUUUGUUAAAAAGUAUAAUAAAAAGUUUCCCUCCCUUUAA